AUGGACCUCGACGAUGAUAUCCCUAUGUUGGUAGAUGUGGAAGGGAAAGGAGAAAAUAUAGGAGAUGAAGCAAAACCUAUCAAAGUACCAAUUACAAUUGUCACCGGAUAUCUUGGUGCCGGCAAGACAACUUUGAUGAACUACAUUUUGAAUGAGCAACAUGGAAAAAAGAUAGCUGUGAUAUUAAAUGCCGCUGAUAUAGAGAAAUCUUUAACCGUCAAUACCGGUAGUGAGCAAGUGGAAGAAUGGCUUGAUGUUGGCAAUGGCUGUAUAUGUUGUUCCGUAAAGGACUCCGGUGUAAACGCCAUCGAAACCCUCAUGGACCGUCGUGGCGCAUUCGACUACAUCCUCCUCGAAACCACCGGACUCGCCGACCCAGGUAACCUCGCCCCUCUCUUCUGGGUGGACGAAGGCCUCGGAAGUACCAUCUACCUCGACGGAAUCGUCACACUCGUCGACGCGAAAAACAUUCUCAAAUCCCUCAAUGAACCCAUCCCUUCCGAGAUCCCCUCCGAGACACCCAACCAAAGCAAAUCCUAUUCCAAUGUCAAUACUGAGAAACAUGAACAUUCAGGACCACAUCUAACAACAGCCCAUCUCCAAGUCUCACACGCUGAUGUACUUAUUCUCAAUAAAUCCGAUUUGGUCACUCCAGAAGAAUUAGAAAUUGUCAAGGAGAGAAUCACGGCUAUAAAUGGUUUGGCAAAAUUACAUGUUACGGAAUUCGGCGCAACUCCAAAGUUAGAAGGUGUCUUGCUAGAUUUACAUGCAUAUGAUAGAGUUGAUUUUAAUUUGGAGGAAGUAAAGGCAAAAGGACAUAGUCAUCUAGAUCCGACAAUCACAACCCUCACUCUAACCGUACCUCCGCUCCCCCCAACAUCCACCCCCCACCUAGACGCUUGGCUCCGCUCCCUCCUAUGGGAUUCCACCAUCCCAACCCCUUCCUCCACCUCCACCUCCACCACCUCACCCUCCCCAUCUCCCGAAAUCCACCGUCUCAAAGCCCGCCUCCCACUCACAAACCACACCGUCAAAAUAAUCCAAGCCGUGCGAGAAAUCUUCGAGAUCUUAGAUGAUGUACCUCCAUUUGCAUCUCCUGUACCCGAGUCCAAAACCAAAACAGACACCGAAACUAGAUUCACAAAAACCAGAAAGGAAAAUAAUUUCCUCAGUAAUGGUAAUGAUAACAGCAAUACUAGUGAAGGGGAAAGAGAAAGAGAAGAAGAAGGAAAAAUCGUCUUGAUAGGGAGAAAUAUUAGGGAUCUGGAGGGGAUUUUGUUAGAGAGUUUUUUGAAUUGUGUUGUUGAGGGGAAUAUAUGA